UAGUCCUUGCUUGAAACCCCUGUCUCUUCUUCCCACCACACGUCUUCCGAAAGGACAAUCCCAGCAAAAUGGCGAGCGAAAAGAAGGAUAAGCUUGAGCCGCAGAUCAAGUCCGUCGAUAUGACGGAGGACAUGCAACAGGAGGCUGUUGAAGUUGCGAUCGAGGCAAUGGACAAGUACCACAUUGAGAAGGACAUCGCCCAGUACAUAAAGAGAGAGUUUGACUCGCGCAAGGGCGCGACAUGGCACUGCGUGGUCGGAAGGAACUUCGGCAGCUUUGUUACGCAUGAAACCAAACACUUCAUCUACUUCUACCUCGGACACUGCGCGAUUCUCCUCUUCAAGACCCAAUAAACACCGGGCGAUGCACGCCCAGUGCGGUCCAAUCCAGCGAUUCCUGUAUCUAUCUCGGAUAAUAUUCGCAGGGAGUCAUGCCGUGGCAAGUCUCUAAAAUAAUGGAGGGAGGGGGGGAUCAGAAUAGGGAUACGGU